AUGGAGACUUCGUUGCGUUACCUGGGCAAGGUGGUGAUCAUUACUGGGGGCACCUCAGGCAUUGGUCUGGCCACCGUGAGAGAAUUCGUACGCCAAGGAGCCAAGGUGGUCUUUUGUUCACGAGCAUCCGGAGCGGAAAGGGGACGAGCCAUUCAGAGGGAGCUGCAGGAGUCCGGAUGCCCAGGGGAAGCUUACUACCAAGUCUGUGAUGUCCGCAAGGAGACUGAUAUUCAGAGGUUGAUUCUGGUAACUCUCGAACGUUACGGAUGCCUGGACUGCCUGGUGAACAACGCUGGAAUCUCUUAUCAUAAACCAAUAGAUGACAUGACUGCCGAGGACUUCCGCAAAGUCAUGGAAGCCGACGUUGUGAGCAUUCUGUUAGCAUCCAAGUAUGCGCUGCCCUACUUACGGGAAACGAGAGGAAACAUCGUCAACAUGGCCAGUAUUGCUGGUGUUACUUCACUGAAGAAUACUGUGGCUUAUUCCUCAGGCAAGGGCGCUGUUAUUGCGAUAACCAAAGCUCUGGCCAUAGAUGAGAGCAAACACGGAGUACGAGUCAACAGGUAA